AUGAGCUCGCAUUGGUCUCGAAAUUUCGGAAAACUCUCGAGAACUAGUCUCCGUGUAAUUCUUCGAGAUCUAGGAGUUCAGAAAUGGGGAAACCUGAGGCGAGACGAAAUGCUUGCAGAAUUGGGAAGACUCUUUAGGGAGGACGAAACUUCACCUGUAGAAGAAAACGAAAAAGCGAGAGCGACAACCUCCAAGUCGAAUGAAGAUCAUUCGAGUAUCAGAAAAAGAAAACGGACCCAGCCAGCUGCAACUGACAGUGAGGAAGACAGCGAGCAAGCGGACGAAGAGGAUAAGAAGCAACCUACGAAGCGGAUGCGUCAGGCGGCCGCUGUUCCUUCUUCCCGUAAUCGGCGUUCUCAGGAUGAAAUUUCCACUCGCACUACACGUAGCAAGGCUCUCGCUGCCAGCAAGAGUAUAACUCCUCGUACCACCCGCGCUAGUGCAGCGAGGAACAAAUUUCCUAGGAUCAGAAGUAGUCGUCAAAGAGGGAAUGCCCUUAAGAGUACUACGCCCUCCAGUUCAGCUAGGACUGGAGACACGCAGAUGGACGUCGAUGAAACGGCGAUUCCGACUCGUAUACUUCGAUCUCACGGGGCCCUUUCUUCUCCAGUCCGCGUAACUCGUGCUCGUGAACCUCAUAGACGGACUCCUAGCGCCGCGUCCGCAUCAGAAGCUGAAGUUGAUUCAGAUGGCGUCAAUGAUGCUGAUGAAGAGGAGGAAGCAGAGGAAGAGGAAGAAGGUUUACGGGCAUCUAGGAAAAAAGAGAAGGGGAAAGCGAGAGUAAGCUCUAUUCCUGUACCAGAACACAUUGGGACAGCCUCGGUACUUCAUAUCAUUUAUCAAACGGUGACGUGCUGCUAA